AUGGAGUCGGACGGAAACUUUACUAUAAAUUCUUACUUCAAAUUGUUUAGCAAGAAGCUGGCAGGUCCUCCAUUGCCAGCGGAAAAAGUGUUAGCUAUUAAACAUUUACGUAAAGUGAAAGUUCCGCCUAAGUUGCAUUUUUUUGAAUGGAGAAUGAUUCUUAAUAGAUUACCAAUAAAGGAUCAAUUGUGGAAGAGGGGCAUUUCGACGGAUUCGGUUAACUUAGUUUGCGUUUUGUGUUCGUUGGAGGAGGAAAAUUUGAUUCAUCUUUUGGGGAAUUGUAUGAUUGCGGCGAGAAUUUGGAGGAAAACUUUCGAGUGGAUUGACCCUAUAGAGGAGUUAUCCUUGGAGGAAUUUGAUGGUUUCUUCGACUAUUGGGAUAAGGUUAGGAGUUUCAACAAAAGGAAUACCAUGCGGUUCAUCAACGUCAUGCUAUUUGCACAAAAAUUUUUGAGAAAAAGACGACGACCAGAAAGAAACAUGGAGCAGAAGAAGAAGAUGAGAAAGGCCAAGAGCACGACAUCAACAAAAUCUUAUGUGCCUGAAGAACUGAUAACUUCAAUCCUUCUAAAUUUACCAGUGAAGUCUCUUAUUCGUUUCAAAUGUUUACGUGAUUUGUAUUAUCUAUAUGGUUUCGGAUAUGAUCAGUCAAGAGAUGAUUACUUGGUGGUUUCAUUGUCCUGUAUUCUAGCCCAGGAAGAUAUUUCACGUCUGGAAUAUUUCUCAUUGAAAGAUAACAAGUGGAAGGAAAUUGAGGAUACUUUCUUCCUUUAUACGAUCGACAAGAUAGAGCCCAGAGUGGGAUCGCUCUUUAACGAUGCUAUUCAUUGGGUGGCUUUAGAUUCAGAUUCAUUGAUGAAAGUUAUUAUUGCAUUUGAUUUAACAGAUAGGAAACUUUUUGAUAUGUCGUAUCCAAAUGGUGUAGGCCAUAAGUCUGAUCAUUAUGAGUUGUGGGUAUAUCAAGAAUUUCUUAGUUUAUGGGCUAUGGAUUGUAAAAAUAGUAGAAUUGAAAUAUGGUUGAUGAAAGAAUACAACGUGAACUCGUCUUGGAUUAAGGCUAUUGUUUUCCCUGUGCAAAUCCUAUCUCCUCAUCAAUUUUCUCCAAUAUGCUCUACAAAAAAUGGUGAUAUCAUUGUAACAAAUGGGACUAGAUUAUUGAGGUAUAACGACAAAGGAGAGCUUAUCGAGGGUUCAUCAUACAGAUGCUUUCCAGAUAGUGCAGUUUCACGUGGAUCCCCAUCGAUAGUGUAUACAGAAUCUUUGCUUUCACUCCCUGGGGAUGACACGCAAGCUUACAAAGAUGAUUCAGACUAG